AUGGGUAUUCCGCCGCUUUCUUGGUCCUCUCUGCUCCUUACCACUUGUUCACUCUUAUUACUCUUCUUCCUAUGGAGAAGGGCGAAUAGAGUAAGGCUUCCUCUUCCCCCAGGGCCUCCUGCAUGGCCUAUUGUGGGAAACCUCUUUCAGCUGGGGAAAAGGCCGCAAGAGUCUAUGUAUGACCUCUCUCUGCAAUACGGCCCACUCAUGACACUCUGUCUGGGCAUGAAAACAACAGUGGUCGUCUCUUCUCCUGCCAUGGCAAAGGAGCUCCUUAAAACACACGACCACAUCUUCGCGGGACGACAGGUGCUAGAAGCACUUAAGUCCCUUUCCCAUCACAAGUCCUCGCUAGUUUGGGGAGAAUACGGCCCUUACUGGCGCUAUCUCCGACGUAUUUCAACUGUUGAGCUUUUCAGCCCUAAAAGACUGGAUGCUUUACAACACCUCAGAAAAGACCAAGUAUUUCGCACGAUUCGACUCAUAUUCGAGGACAAGGGAAAGGUUGUGGAUAUUGGGCAGAUGGUGUUCUGCACGUCUCUAAAUUUGUUAGGCAACAUGAUCUUCAGCACAACCGUCUUCGAUCCUCACAAUCCAGCUUCUGCGGAGCUCAAGGAUACCAUUUGGAAAGUAAUGAAGCUCCUCGGGAAGCCCAAUUUGGUGGACUUUUUUCCGUUUCUCCGGUUGCUCGACCCCCAGGGCGUGUCCCGUCAGAUGGCCAGGUACUUCAAAGUAUUGUAUGACUUUUCUGAUACAUUCAUACAGAAAAGGCUUGCCACCAGUAGCCAAAGCGUUAAGCCUAACGAUUCUGAGAAGGAUUUUCUUGAUGUUCUGCUUGAUUUCAGAAGUGAAGAUUUCACUCUCGUUGGUAUUCGAGCCUUGAUAGCUGAAUUGUUUGUUGCGGGUACUGAAACGGUCACUACAACAAUAGAAUGGGGUAUGGCAGAAAUCAUUCGGAAUCCGCAGAAAUUGAACCGAGUCCGAGAGGAAUUGGACGAAGUAGUUGGUUACAAGAGAAGAGUGGAAGAAUCUGAUGUAGAUCAUAUGCCUUAUCUCCAUGCAGCAGUGAAGGAAAUAUUCCGAUUGCACCCGGCCGUUCCAUUGUUGCUCCCCCACAAAGCCGAAAGCUCCUGCGAGAUCGGGGGAUUUCUGAUACCCAAAGACAGCCAGGUGAUAGUGAACGCGUGGGCCAUUGGGAGGGACCCUUCAAUUUGGAACAAUCCCUUGGAGUUUAUGCCCGAAAGAUUUUUGGAGGGAGAGAAUAGCAAGAUAGAAUACAGUGGACAAAACUUUGAGCUAAUUCCAUUCGGAGCGGGAAGAAGAAUUUGUCCGGCGGUUCCAUUGGCAAGCCGUAUGGUUCAUUUUGUUUUAGCUUCUUUACUUCACUCAUUUGAGUGGAAACUUGCAGACGGGAAGCGAUGUGAGCUUAUGGACAUGGCGGACAUAACGGAUGAGUUUGGAACUACAUUCAAAGAGUUUAAAGCAAUCCCUGUGCCACGUCUCCAUCAUCAUAUUUACUAGUAUUUCUUUCCAAGGAGGUGUAGUGUUUACAGAAUUGCAAUUUUUAUAAAAAUACGUUGUAAUAUUAAAGUAGUAUUAGGUCAAUAGAGAAGUCUAGUAGUUUGUUUUA